AACUAUGGGGUAUUCGUCGCCUGUUAUUUUGCUGCAAGGGAAGCAUCUAUCACGACGAAGAACACCACAAGUGGCUGGAAGUCAGCUGGGUUAUGGCCAGUCUCUUCAAGGCGCCCUCUAUCCAACUUCUUAGUAUCCAAAGCAUCAUCCACCCACCAAGAGGACCAGCAAAGCAGCCAACCACGCAGUCAGCAGUUGGAUGAGGCCGCAUCUAUCGUCCCAUGGUCAACCCCUCAUCGGUCUGCUGAUCUACGGCAUCAGUUACAUCAGUUGGUUCAGCUGGGCAAGGAUGGGUUAGAUACCCAUACUCUUCGUCGCCCAUCUAGAAAGAUGCAAAAGAGCUGGGAUAACCAGGCAUCCAGACUAGUCCUUCUAAAGCAGCAAUUCCAGCAUAUACAGGCACAUCUGGAUAACCAGCGGCAACGCAAGAGGAAAAAGGUGCCUUUAUCACCUAACAGUCGAUUCGCAGCAGUCGCCCAUAUCCAGCAGGCGCGACAGUCGCCAGACGACAGUAUAGAUAGUCUGGAUUGA